AUGGGAGCCCAACACCAACUCUUCUUCAUACGUUUCUCUCUCUUGUUGGCAGCAUCAGCAUUUGCCAUGGCCUCAACAAGCUCUGUGGUCGAAGGCAUGUCCGAAGGCCGAGAACUGGCCGAAAAAACCAGUUUCAGCAUAAGUUGUGUCGCAAGUAUCCGUGUUUUCGUAUAUCCUUCGGGAUCAGGCCCCAGAAACAUUCCCAAGUACACAGUCCAAGUGAUCAACAACUCUUUACAAGGGGUGUUCAAUGUGCAUUUAGACUGUGGCUAUUUCACGUCGGGCUCGUUGAUUCUGCCAAUGAUUUUCCGGCGCUUACAGCCAGGGGAUUGCCUGGUUAACGAUGGGAAAGAGAUAGGACCAGGGAAGAUCAUUCAAUUUGAUUAUACAAAUACUUUUCUUGAUAAAUUUCCUGUAACCAGGGCUGACUGCUCUUAG